GGAGGACCUGUGGGUGCGAGAGGGGAAGAUCCUCAACCCGGAGAAACUCUUCUUCGAGGAGAAGGGCUCUGCUGACAUCCAGCUGGACUGUAAGGACAGCAUCAUUGCUCCAGGCUUCAUCGAUGUCCAGAUCAAUGGAGGCUUUGGGGUGGACUUCUCCCUGGCUACAGAUGACUUCAAAUCAGGGAUUGACCUGGUCAGUCAGAAAAUCCUCUCCCAUGGCGUGACCUCCUUCUGUCCCACCCUGGUGACCUCUCCUCCAGCUGUGUACCACCAGGUUCUCCCUCAGAUCAGUAUAAGAAAUGGUGGAACCCACGGAGCAGGUAUCUUGGGGGCCCAUCUGGAAGGACCGUUCAUCAGCAAGGAGAAGAAAGGGGCCCACCCAGAGCACUGCCUCCGCACCUUCGAGGCAGGUGCCUUCCAGGACCUGCUGGCCACCUACGGCUCCCUGGACUGUGUCCGAAUAGUCACCCUUGCCCCAGAGAUGAAGAGGAGCAGCGAGGUGAUCCGGGAGCUCACCAAGAGGGGCAUCUGUGUCUCACUGGGUCACUCAGUGGCUAAUCUUUCCCAGGCUGAGGAUGCUGUGCAGCACGGUGCUACCUUCAUCACUCACCUCUUCAAUGCCAUGUUGCCGUUCCACCAUCGUGACCCUGGGAUCGUGGGGCUGCUGACAAGUGACAAGAUUCCUGAUGGGCGAAGGGUAUUCUAUGGCGCUGGGCGAAGGGUCUUCUAUGGCAUGAUCUCUGAUGGCAUCCACACCAACCCUGCCGCCCUGAGAAUCGCCCACCGAGCCCACCCCAAAGGCCUGGUGCUGGUGACGGAUGCGAUCGCUGGCAUGGGGCUGGCACCAGGUCGGCACACGCUGGGGCAGCAGGUGGUGGAGAUUGACGGGCUGAACACCUACAUUGCAGGCACAAAGACCCUGAGCGGCAGCGUGGCGACCAUGGACACAUGUGUGCGACACUUCCAAGAAGCCACAGGGUGCUCAGUAGAGAUCGCGUUGGAGGCAGCGUCUCUGCAUCCCGCCCAGCUCCUGGGGAUUGAACACAAAAAGGGGACACUAAAUUAUGACUCCGAUGCAGAUUUCCUGGUGCUGAAUGACGGUCUGUAUGUGCAAGCCACAUAUAUCGCAGGCGAGGAAGUCUGGAGACAGGAUGCGUUAGGCAUGUGA